UGGGGGACCAAGUUUCGGGACCGGUGAGCGGAAUUCACAUACGGGUUUUCUUUGGAUUGAUAAAUGAUUAUCCCACGCAGAUGAUGAAAAAUCUUGCAUGCUGCUGGUCAUGAGAGUGCUUAGCAUCGUGCCUUUGAAUUUCAAGGUAAAUUUUUUCUAUAUCAAGCCAAUCGCAUUGAGGCUAUUUCCUAAUCUAGCCACAACCUUGGUCGGCACCAUUGUCACGUGAAUUGCUGGUGUUCAACUCAUUUGUGCGUUCAUUGACUCGGGCGCUCCGAACGCUACUUGAGGUGACGACAUUAAAUAUGUUAUUGCGUUCUGACGCACGCCGGGCACGGGAAGAUCUUUUGGACAUUACUAUCUCCCUGCCUUUCCAAUCGGAGGUAAACACUGGAUUCGGAGUGCUUGCCAAGGUGUACCUGGAUGCCCUGACGCACCUCAAUAAUCAAACGCGAGUACUUGACCCUAACGCAGAAGGCGUUAGAGAGUCGAAGGCGAUGGCCCUUGAGAUAUGUGAAGACACGUUUCCGGGAGUGAAAAACCCCAAACAAGAAGUGGAACGAGGAUUCCGGUUCUGGGACAUUGCGCUUUCUGCCAUGAGGCAACUUCACUCAGAGGGUGCUGUCCUUCGCGAGUUGAUUGACCAGUUUGAAGCAGCGGAGGCGUGGCUUGCGCCGAUGCGGCCAUGAGAUUAGUUCGGAACAGAG